AUGAAAUUAUCAACAAUUAUUGUUCCAGGUUUUUUAUCAUUAAGUGUUAUUGCUUUACCGGCUGCUACAGAAAACUCAAUCAAUGCUGAAAACUCCACAUCUCUACCAGGUAACUUUACUGAUCCAAUCAUAGCUGAAGCUGGAGGUGAAAGAUUUUGUUUUGGUGCUAACAAGUAUAAAUAUUGUAACGGCAGUGUUCAAAAAUGUGUUGAGGGUCGUACUCGUGGUGUUAAAGACAAAACCAAAAUUGAAGAUGCUAAUAAAAUCUGUAAAUUUUUUUGCAGUGAAAUCAAAACACCUACUCAAUGUAAACAGAGCAAAUUAAAAGCUAAUUAUCAUCCAAAAUGGGCUUGUGAUAAUCAAAAAUAUUGCUAA